GGGAUGCGCUCACACACACGGAGACACAAUAUCAUCUAAAAACUUUAACAUUACCGUGAUGCAACAUUUAUAGAAACAUGCUAAAUGGAAUAUGCGUUCUGGAGAUGCAUUUUGAUAUAAAGCUCUUCGUUCUGGACAGUAUUUUUGGAAUUGUAUUAUAACGGAUCAGGGAUGACAAAGAGAAUGGGAUACAGAGACUGGAGAUGGCUGGCUCUUUGGUGGCAUCAUUUCGUUCUCUUGUGGAGUACAAUAGACGGACAGACUCGCUACACCAUCUCGGAGGAACUGAAACAGGGCUCUGUGGUAGGAAAUCUAGCCAAAGAUCUGGGUCUGGGACUAUCUGAGUUUUUUGACCGUAAACUGCGUGUCGCCUCUGAGGCUGGUAAGCAGUAUUUUAGCGUGGAUGCGGGGAAGGGCGAGCUGAUCGUCAAUGAGAGAAUAGACAGAGAGACGUUAUGCGGACAAAGCGCCAGCUGCGUUUUACCUCUGCAGGUUGUCAUUGAGAACCCGUUACAACUGUAUCGUGUUGAGGUUGAAAUACAAGAUAUAAAUGAUAAUUCUCCAAGUUUCCCUUCCAAACAACACCCGUUAGAGAUAGCUGAAACAACUGCGGCAGGUGUACGUUUUCCCUUGGAAAGCGCACAAGACCCAGAUGUGGGGAGUAAUUCUCUAAAGUCAUACAUUCUUAGUAAAGAUGAAUGUUUUACUUUAAAGGUAAAAGAACUCUCUGGCGGCAGAAAGGUACCAGAACUAGUCUUGACCAAAGCUCUGGACCGAGAGAAAAAAACUGUCCAUCAUCUAUUGUUGACAGUUGUAGACGGGGGCAACCCAGUGAGAUCCGGAACCUCGCAGAUAACUAUUACAGUUCUCGAUGUAAACGAUAAUGUGCCCGUUUUUGAAAAUGCAGUGUAUAAAGUUUCUGUAAGUGAGAAAAGCGCAGAGGGCACUUUCAUAGUUCAUCCUAGAGCAACCGACGCCGAUGACGGACAGAAUGGACAGAUAGAAUAUUCGUUCGGUGUCCAUACGUCAGACUCGGUGCUAUCUGUUUUUGAGAUUGAUUUUCUAACAGGAAAAAUCAUUUUAAAAGGGCAAUUAGAUUUUGAGAGCGCUGCAAAUUAUGAAAUUGACAUCAGUGCGAAAGACAAAGGUAGCCCUAGAAUGGAGGGACAUUGUAGUGUGCAGGUAGAUGUAGCAGAUGUAAAUGACAACUCUCCCGAAAUAAUUUUAACCUCCAAACCAAGUCCUCUGCGUGAGGAUGCACCGAGUGGCACGGUAGUAGCUUUGAUCAGUGCCCGGGACCUAGACUCCGGUAAUAACGGUAAAGUGACGUUACAGCUCCCACGCGGUUAUCCUUUUAGUCUGAAACCUUCCUUUUCUAAUAAUUACGCACUGGUCACAAGUGGUGUUUUAGACAAAGAGAGUUUCUCAGAGUAUAAUAUUGAGAUAACAGCCACUGAUUCGGGCUCCCCUCCCCUGACUACCAAGAAAACUAUACCAGUCACUAUCAUUGAUGUCAACGACAACCCCCCCUAAAUUCUCUCAGCCCU